UAAGAAAAAACAGCUGCAUUCGGCAUUACUAUACACAUUCGUAUAAUAAAAGUUUCAUUUCUUAAAAGGAAAUAAUUGCAAAAUGACGGAUUGGGUUAAAAUAGCCGAGGAUCAGGAGGUGCCCAAAAUAAAGGUGAAUCCUAAUUCGGAUGUACCGGCUGUGGCCACAACAGCCAGCAAGGAUAACGAACCGGAUGUCGUGGACCCAGCGGAAACGAGUCUUCUGAUAAAGAUAUUGGGAAAAGGAUUGGUUAACACAAAACUAUCAUUGGAUGUUCAGCAAAAGAACCCAAAUUCGCCAUUGCAUUCAGUGAAAACGUUCGAGGCGUUGCAUCUGAAGCCGGAACUUCUCAAGGGAAUUUACGCGAUGGGUUUCAAUACGCCAUCUAAAAUUCAAGAGACCGCGUUGCCAACUCUCCUUGCAGAUCCGCCGCAAAAUAUGAUUGCACAAAGUCAAUCGGGAACUGGCAAAACAGCUGCGUUUGUCUUAGCCAUGCUGAGUCGCGUAAAUACUGCACUGGACCAUCCCCAAGUUCUCUGUUUGUCGCCGACUUAUGAGCUCGCAAUUCAAACCGGCGAAGUUGCUGCUCGCAUGGGACAAUUUUGUCCUGAUAUCAAGCUCAGAUUUGCCGUUCGGGGUGAAGAAGUUGAUCGAAACUCAAAGAUUACCGAGCACAUUUUGAUUGGAACACCUGGAAAGAUGCUGGACUGGGGUCUUAAGAUGCGUCUGUUCGAUAUGAAAAAGGUUCGAGUUUUCGUAUUAGACGAGGCAGACGUUAUGAUUGCAACGCAAGGACAUCAUGAUCAAUGCAUUCGUAUUCAUAAAAUGCUUAAUUCACAAUGCCAGAUGUUAUUCUUCUCGGCAACAUACGACAAAGAGGUUAUGGACUUUGCACGAUUGAUUGUAUCGGAGCCAACAAUAAUUAGAUUGAUGCGCGAAGAAGAAUCUCUUGAUAAUAUUAAGCAAUAUUAUGUUAAUUGCAAAAACGAAGAUGGCAAAUACAAUGCAAUCCAGAAUAUUUACGGUUGCAUUAGCAUCGGCCAGGCAAUUAUAUUUUGUCAUACGCGCAAAACUGCUGCUUGGUUGGCAGCCAAAAUGACAGCCGAUGGUCAUUCCGUAGCUGUACUAUCUGGAGACUUGACCGUUGAGCAAAGACUUGCUGUAUUGGAUCGAUUUAGGUCCGGCCAGGAGAAGGUUCUCAUUACAACCAAUGUAUUGUCUCGCGGCAUUGAUAUCGAACAGGUUACAAUUGUUGUUAAUUUCGAUCUGCCUGUCGAUCUCCGUGGCAACGCUGAUUGUGAGACAUAUUUACAUCGUAUUGGACGUACUGGCCGUUUUGGAAAAUCUGGCAUUGCUAUAAAUCUAAUCGAUGGUGAGAAAAGUAUGACUGUCUGUCGUGCUAUAGAGAAGCACUUUCAAAAGGAUAUCAUUUAUUUGAAUACCGACAAUGCGGAUGAUAUUGAAAAGAUUGGCAACUGAACUAUUAUAAUCAUUCCCUUGUCUAGCAUUAAUAAGCAACAAAACAUUUGUGAAAUUUCUCUUGAAAUAAAAAGUCUUUCAGAAUUAUGCAUUCAUACA